AUGUCAGCGCCAGAUCACUCGAAAUGGAAGUUCAACCACACCAUGCUCCGGGUCAAAGACCCUCAGAAGUCCCUUGAUUACUACAAGUUGCUCGGCUUGAGUCUCAUCAACAAGUUGGACUUCCCGGACAACAAAUUCUGCCUGUAUUUCCUCGCCUACGAUGGACCGGCCUCUGCGAGCACAAACGCGCACUGGACCGACCGAGAGGGCGUCAUCGAAUUGACCCAUAACUACGGCACCGAGUCAGACGAUUCGUUCACUAUAAACAACGGCAAUAAAGACCCUCACAAGGGGUUCGGCCACAUCUGCAUCUCCGUUGACAACAUCCAAGCAGCAUGCCAGCGCAUUGAGGAUGCGGGGUACAAGUUCCAGAAGAAGCUUACAGACGGGCGGAUGAGACACAUCGCCUUUGCGCUUGAUCCGGACGGCUAUUGGGUCGAGAUCAUAGGACAGAAGCCUGUUGAACAGACCGAGGGCGUUAAGGAGACAGACACUCAGGCCUACAGGAUGAAUCACAGUAUGAUUCGGGUCAAGGAUCCUGAGAAGAGCUUGAAAUUUUACCAGGAGGUCAUGGGAAUGUCGCUCAUGCGCACCGCUGAGCAGAAAUCAGCAGGCUUUACCCUGUAUUUCUUGGGAUAUCCCGGCUCUUAUGGCAUUCCGGACCCCAAUGAUACGGCCAACGGGGUCAAUCCUCUUGCCGGAAAAGAAGGUCUGCUUGAAUUGACGUGGAACUACGGGACCGAAAAGGAAGAAGGGAAGGUAUACCACAACGGCAAUGACGAACCUCAAGGCUUCGGCCACAUUUGCAUCAGUGUCGACGAGCUUGACAAAGCGUGCCAGUUUAUGGAGGAGAAGGGCGUGAACUGGAAGAAGAGACUCACGGAUGGCAGAAUGAAGAACGUGGCUUUUGUGCUGGAUCCAGACGAUUACUGGGUGGAGAUCAUCCAGAAUGAGACGCUGAAGAAGUCGAGCAACUGGUGA